GAAAUUCUGAUAUCGAUAUCUUCCGAUCGCUGCAUUACCGCAUAUUUGAAUGUGACUAUGGCAUACGAACAAGAACAAUUGGAAAACGGCUGAAAUAUGGAGACAAAAGGCAAAGUCAAGAAAAAGGGACGCAAACUGCCAUCCAGUGGCAGUGGCCAAGAUGAGGACAGAGCUUUGUCCCCUCACUCAGAACAUCAUGAGAUUCAUAACCAGACAAGAGCUAAAUUUGAUGAGCUUCUCAAGUCAGCAAUGGACCAGGAUGCAAGUGAUUCUGGAAAAGCUCCAAAGAAGAAAAAGAAGGCUAGAUCACAAACAGCAGGUGCUAUGCUUGAAUCCCUGAAGAAGGGAGGUGACCUUCAGAAGUCCUUCACAGAGGACACUACAGCUCUCAACAACACCUUCAAUGCAGAGGAUAGUCCACGCUACACCAAGAACACAACCAAUGCCAGACGUAAGAAGCUUCCACCAAAGAAAGGCAACUUGAACAGAGGCUAUGUGGACGAUGAGGAUGAUGGGAUGGAGAUGGCAGAGAUGGGCAAGGAUGAUGGACUGAAGAAGAAAAAGAAGAAGACAGUGAAGAAGAAAUCAGAGGAGGAUGAGGAAGAGACUGCUGUAGAUCCUACUAUGACAGUAUCUGAACUGGAACACACUCCAAAGAAACCCAAAAGAAGGAGAAAGAAAACUAGAGAAGAAGACGAGGAGCAGGAGGAGCAGGAUGAGGUUGCCAAGGAAACAGAUGAAGAUCAAUUAGAUGGGGAAGAAGGCAAUGGAACUCCUAGAGGCAAAGGGAAGAAGAAAAAGAAGAAAAAGAAAUCCACCAAUCUGCCUAUGCCUACUGAUGAUGGUCAGGUGUUAGGAGUGACCGUUCAUCGAAGUGACCGACUCAAACCAGACCUCUACAUAGCACACCCAUUGGUCAGGGUACAUAUAGUGGACUUAAAGACAGGCAACUAUGUUAAGAAAUCUAGCAGAGAGAGAGCUGUGACAUCAUACUAUGAGACAAAGAAUGAGAAUCUAGAAUACAUCUUGCCAAUCCUAACCAAACCAUUUGACUUCAAGAAAAGAAAGUCAAUGACACCGAGUUGGGAGGAUCAGAUCAUCUUCAAUGAAAGCUAUCAGUAUCUCAUUCAGAACAGAGAUGAUUGUCCAAGUAUCAUUCUCUUAUUUGAAAUUCUGGAUUUUGUGAGUAUGACAACUGCUAGUUCCAGACCAAGACUAUUCAAAGGACAAGGGACGUGGCACAGAAUAGCCUGGGCAUUCCUCAAGCUUGUUGGAGCUAAUGGUGCCCCCAACACAGAGAAGAAAGUCCGUCUACAACUCUUUCACCCACCGUUUGCAUACAAGGCUAAACCAGAUCAACUAGAUGUGUUCCAAUGGUGGGAGAACAUCCAUCGUCAGCCCUACCCAGCCACCCUCUAUGUGACGGUCAAAUCUAUCAAACCUCCUCAAGAUGUUGAUCCGGCUGCACGCUCUCUCUUUGCUACUCAAGAGGAACGAGGACUAAUGACAUAUAAAGAACUCAAGGAGACCAUGUCAUUGAGAAACAAAGAUCAAAACCUGAAUCGAACAAAUGCUCCAUCUCUGUGGUCGAAGCUGCCUGGUCAAACAUGUAGAAUCCCAAAUAAAGAGAUCCUUUCAUUGGCUGGAGAUAAGAAGGGAUGUCAUGUGAUCAAGUUCUCCCCAGAUGGACAUCAUAUUGCCUGUGGGUGUAAAGACAAGGACGGAUAUCCAAUUCUGGUGUAUGAGAUUCCCAGUGGAAGAGAGAAGUGUCAGUUUCCUGGCCAUUAUGGUUUGAUAUAUGACAUCAGGUGGAGUCCCUCCGGUAACGAUAUCCUCACGGCAUCAUCUGAUGGGACAGCAAGAAUAUGGCACAUUGACAUGCCUGACAGUGCAGCGCUGAAGGUGUUCCCUCACCCAUCCUUUGUGUACACAGCGCGUUAUCAUCCCACGUAUGAGACAUUCAUCAUCACUGGUGGCUAUGAUAACUUCAUCAGGGUGUGGAGCAUUGAGAGCAACUCACAGACUGGGGAGUUGAUGUAUGAGUUGAAAGGCCAUGAAGGCUUUGUCAAUAGCAUAGCCUUCUCACCAGAUGGGAUCUUCAUGUAUUCUGGGGAUAGUGAGGGGAAAAUCAUAGUCUGGAAGAGUGCAGGUUCUGAUGGUAAUUGGAUGAUGAGGCGGCAUGUAGAGGAUAAAGAACUGAUGGGAGUUCCAAUCAACAGUCUUCAGGUACAUCCUAGUGGGCGUCGUGUUAUUGUACACUGCAGGGAUAAUCACAUCCGUAUGCUCGACCUCAGACUGUUUUGUGUGAUGCAGAACUACAUUGGUGUGUUGAAUUUCCGGGAGCAGAUCCGAAGCAUUCUCUCUCCUUGUGGGUCGUUCGUCUUCUCAGGGAGUGAGGAUAGACAUGGCUAUGUGUGGAACACAGAUACUGGUGAGCAGGUAGCUGCCUACACACAGCUUGGUUAUAGACAACCUGUAUGUGAUGUAGACUACCACCCUCAUGAACACAUGGUGGCGCUAUGCUCGCGGGGUGAGGGACAUCCAAUACAAGUCUACAUCUAUGAUGCUAAGGUUGCACAUUUGACCAUGGGUUUUGCCAGGACGAAGCUUGGGAAGGAGGCUGAAGAUGGCAACGUGACAGAGGAAGAAGAACGUCUUGUUGGAACGCUACGGACUAAACAUGAUAUAGACCAGGACAUUGAGGAUAAGAAACAUGAGCGUCUUGCACGCGUCAAGAGAAAGCUUGCUUCUGUCAUGGCCCUCAAACAAACGCUAAAGGCUAUCCAGAAUCCUCCAUCUGAUCUCAAUCAAACCACUGCAUCCAUGCACACCUCUGGCUACGCCCCCGGCCACGCCCCCGGCUACACCCCUGGUGCAUCGGCCCCCUAUGAGACAUGGGGAUCUACAUUUGAUUACUCCACCACACCCUGGCAUACCCAGACUGCAGGUACCCUUGGUUUCACAGGAGGUAGAGGAGGCCCAGGCUUUACCAGCACACCUUACAAGAAAGGACCCAUGCCAACUAUCAACCUCAAUGCUGAAUCUGACGGCAAGGCCAUAUUCACUUUCAAAGCCCCCGUGGUUGAAGACAAACACAAACAAUACAACAAGGUGGUUGCUCUAUACAACUACAAAGCACAGCGGUCGGAUGAGCUCAGUUUGGAAGUGGGUUAUGAGAUAACAGUGCUUCAUAAAGAUAAUGAGAACUGGUGGAUGGGACAGCUAGCUAAUGGUCAACAAGGCUACUUCCCUGCUAACUAUGUCAGUUAUGAAGGUGAAGAAGAAGAUCAGACACAGAUGGCAUCCCGUUACCAGCUAGAGCAAUCUGGUCUGGAUGAGACUGAUGCAGGCUCACCAAAGAGGAGGAGUCAGGUCAAAGGUCAACAUAGAGCCGGGUCGACACCAAAGAAGCCGUCCAAAGAAAGGUUCUCUGCUGUGACCACCAAGUCAGGUGAAUUGAAGUUUAUAUCAGGAGCUGAGGAUAGUGAAGUAGAACUGGUCUCAUCUCUUGCAACUCCAAAGAAGAAGAAGAAGAAGACUGUGAGACUGGCUGCCAACCUGGAUCAGAGUGAUGUCAUGACAACAGACGGUGAAUCCCCGCGCCACGCCCGACCUCCAAAGGGUCACUCCAGGUCACGUACAGCACCCCAUCUCUCCAGUAACUCUCAGUUGGAUGACUCUCAGGCCUCCGUUACCAGGACACCACUGAGGAGGAAGAAACUCAAAAUGAAUGACAGUCAUAACAUGGAGGACUCAGGGACGGACGGGGAUGGGGUGACACCAAGGAGUGCAAGGCUACGGAGAGGAUCAAGAGAGAAUCUCCUGGGAGGGGAGCUGGGAUCAAUGACAAAGAAAGGAGGAAAGAAGAAAACCAAGUCAAAACAUUUGGACAGUGAUGAAUCACAUGCAUGAAACAGUGAGAAAAUGAUCUCUUUUAUGGCAAAGAAACAGAUGUGUAGCUGAUGUGAAUGUCAGAUAGGAUCACUUAUAUUAAGGUUGAUUUGGACAAUUACUGCAUGAUAAUUGUAUAGAAGCUAAUCUCUGGGAUUUCAAGAUACAUAUAAGUAGUUGCUGCAUCAUCGCCAGUACAUAAAACAUAUGGUGCUAUAGUCAAACCUGCUUUAGUGACCACCUGUCUACAAAGACCACAUUUUUUGUUUCCCUUGAAGAUGGUUUUUCAUUGGGACAUGUACUAAAGGAACCUGUCUACAAAGACCACUUUUAGUGUUUCCCCUGUGUAGUCGCUAUAGACAGGUUUGACUGUAUAAUGUGGGGAACUUGAGGAAGGGGAACUUUCAAGGGUAAGUUGUCUGUGAUGGGCAAGUCAUUGUGCGAUUUCAACUUAUAAAAUGCUUUGUUCUUUGUAAAUCAUCCCCCUUGGAUGCUGCAAGGCUUCCAGUCUUGGAAACUGGUCCGGUCAAAAAAGUUGUGGUAUAAAGAAAAAAUACCACAUAGUUAAAAGAAUAGUUGACAUGUUUUCCUCUUUAUUGAUGCCCUGUUUCAUAAAAUUCAUUAUAAGUACAAUUAAUGGAGAAAAAAAGCUACUGAUAUUGAUUAAUCUAAUUAGCUUUGAGCAAAUUUAUAGUAGGAUUACUGCAGUUGUUGAAAGUAAAUUUUAUGAAACCGGGCCUUGGUGGAACUAUAACCAUAAUGUUAAUUAAAUCAUGCAUUCAUGAAUUUAUUUUAAAAAGAAGUUAAAGCAAGGCUUGUAUAUUUUGAUGGUAAUGCAGAUGGUAGCAUAUCACUGAUGGGCUGGUAUGAUGUAUUAGAGAAAAGAGCAAGUGAAUGUUUGCAUCUGGUCAUUACCCUUCUUAUGAACAGAACGGCUGACAUAAAGAUUAUGGUUUAUAUGAGAUGAACGAUUAUUAAACUUUUUUACCUUUUUAUACUUUUUAGAAGUUUUUUGAAACAGUGUUCAACUUAGUUUCUUACAGUGUUGCAUGUACAGUUUUGCUCAAUAUAUUACUUGCAGAAUAUGCAUCUGAGCAUAGAAAUUUGAGUGUUUGAUUCUGCUUUAUAAAUCUGCUAGUGGUUAACUAUUGAUUUCUUACAUGUCCAUGUACUACAAGAUUCAGAAUCUACAAGUCGUUAACACCAGCGGAGCUGCCAACCAGUACAAUUUAAUUGUAUUUCGUACCAUUUUUAGAAGUAAAAAACGAAAGUACGAUUUCCUCAAUAAAAUAUGAUUUUUUGUUUUUGGUAUUUUGUGUAUGUGUGCCAUUUUCAAUUGCAAAAUGCCCAUUCUGUCCUGUAAAGUAUCUUACAAGCAUCUCACUUCGGCAAUUUGGGGAUGUACAUUGGUUCAUCGAACACACCAGUCAUGACGAAAUCAUGCAUAUUCAACCAAUGUGAUCCAUACAAAAAUGUCUUCCUGUAUUUUUAGGAACAAUAAGAGGCAUUGAUCCAUGUUUUUUUUUAAUACAAUUUUUGUCAGUAAAAUACAACUUUUGGGAUUAAAGAAUACAGGUUUGAACUCCAGAGGUUGGCAGGUCUGCACCAGUGUAUUCUAACUAAUUCUGUUUUCAGUACUCAGAGCAGUAUUCAGAUCACUUCACUUUUGCAUUAUUGAAUGAUUUAUAAAAUCACCUUGAAUAAUUGUGCAUGUAAAUUAUAUUUAUGAUGAUUUUGAUUUAUAGGAGAACUUGCCAAUGUGUAUAGCCUGUAAAAACGAUGUUAAUAUAUUCCUUGUUUUAGUACCAGUGAAAUGGUACUUAUUUUGUAUAUUACUAUGUCUAUUUACCUCUCAAUAUCUUACAUAACUUUGGUAUUUUUGAAUAACAGAUCAUAUUUGAGUGCUAAUUUUUAAAGCUGUAACCUAAUUUCAGUACUUAUUAGUUAUAAUCAUAACUUUGAAUUUAUAUUGUAGUUUUAGUGCUUGUGAUUGCAUUUGUUUAUUUUGUUAGACUAAAUAUAGAAGAAGAAAACAAAUGAAAUUGUCAAUAUGGGUUAUGUUUGCAACAGAUUCCCCCUAAUCUCAUUCAAAUUUUCCCAAGCGGCUAUUUAAAUACAAUGAACUUUAAAGCUUUUUUUUAUUUUUUUAUUGCAACACUGUUUUUAACACCCAAUGAAUUUGAUAGAAUCGCCUGUCAUUUUUGCAGAAUGGCAAUACAGAAUGAAUUGCUAGUCUUUUUUGCUCUCAUUAGUCAGAAUUAUUUGUGUAAGUAAUAAGAACUACUGUACAUAUGUAUACAAAAAAUGUAUAUCACAUUGCGUUAUAGUGAUCUCUUUGUAAAGUUUUGUACUUUUGUUGAAAUACUGGUGACAAUUUCUCCGUCCUGUCUUGUUAAGUAUUUUUAAAAGAAAUAGUUUUCAGUGUUUGGGUAAGAUGAAAAAUAUUUUGGGAGUGAAAGAAUAUCAUACUUGUCAUAUCUCCUGAAAGGAACAGGGAUUGCUCUUAAAAAUACCUGUACCGGUAUAUUAAAAAUAGCUAGUUACAACAUAUACUGUACUUGUAAAAUUUUCAUGCCAUUUUACGUUAUAUUGCCUGACACUGUUACAGAUAAUGAUUAUUUUAAAACUGCAAUGUGUUGUUGAAUCAUUUUAGGAUAGAUUUAUUCUUGUUUCAAAUACUUAAUUACUUAUGUAAACAGUCUGGAUAUGUUACAUGUUUUUUAGAUAUUAAGUUUCAUCCCAAGUAAAAUGACCUCAGGCUUAGUAUUCAAGGAGUUAAAUCAAGGUGAUAUAUGUGAUAUUUUUAAAGACAAUGAGCCUGCAAUUGCUUAAUAUGUUAUUUUAUAAUUAUUUGAAUCAUAACAAUUUUGGACACAUCCAUAUUUUAUAGCUGAUUUUAUUCUUUUUUUUUAUGCCAUAUUCAAAGAUCUUUGGGGAUUAUAGAUUUAUUUGUUAUUGCCUUGAUUUAAAUAUUUAUGUGACUGAAUGUAAAGUAAGUGACAUGAAUACAGCAAAAGAACAUUAACCCUUUCAUAGUGCUGUAUCUAAACUACAUGUAAACUGUACAUGCUUAAAGAUCAAAUCUAUUGGACAGUCCUUGAAUUAAAUAUUAAUCUUGUGAGGAUAACACAGUACACUGUGAGCUUAGAUUGAGACCUUAAUUUUAAGACCAGAUCACCCAAAUGUUACAAUGAUGUUACUUGUAAAAUUGUUAUGAAUUCUUUUGCUGACCGUCUAUUGUAAUAUCCAGUUUGUACAAAGGAGAGAGAAUCAAUUCAAUAUAUGCAAUCAAAUGAAAGAAA